AUGUCGCCGUACUCAUCUUUCUCUUCUGGUGAAUUGCUACUCCACCUGGCUGCGGAGGUGCUCGAGUUGGCGGGAAACGCUGCCCGUGACAACAAGAAAACCAGAAUCAUCCCUCGUCAUCUGCAGUUGGCCAUCCGCAACGACGAAGAGCUGAACAAACUGCUGUCCGGCGUGACCAUCGCCCAGGGCGGUGUCCUGCCGAACAUUCAGGCCGUUCUGCUGCCCAAGAAGACCGAGAAGAAGACGACGUUCUCUUCUGGUGAAUUGCUACUCCACCUGGCUGCGGAGGUGCUCGAGUUGGCGGGAAACGCUGCCCGUGACAACAAGAAAACCAGAAUCAUCCCUCGUCAUCUGCAGUUGGCCAUCCGCAACGACGAAGAGCUGAACAAACUGCUGUCCGGCGUGACCAUCGCCCAGGGCGGUGUCCUGCCGAACAUUCAGGCCGUUCUGCUGCCCAAGAAGACCGAGAAGAAGACGACGGCAUAG